AGGGCGGGAGGGAGGGAGUCACUGAGUGUGUGUGAGGGAGGGAAGGAGACAGCAAGCGGGCGAGCGACCAGCCCGCGCCGUCCGUCCGCAGCACCAGCCAGGCCCCGUCACCACCUCCCCUCAGCCCCGUGCCGAGGCCGGGCCGAGCCGAGCUGGGUCGGGCCCGGGCCAUGCUGCUCACCGUGUACUGUGUGCGGAGGGACCUCUCCGAGGUGACCUUUUCCCUCCAGGUCGACGCCGACUUCGAGCUGCACAACUUCCGCGCGCUGUGCGAGCUCGAGUCCGGCAUCCCCGCAGCCGAGAGCCAGAUUGUCUAUGCUGAAAGACCUCUCACAGACAACCACAGAUCACUGGCUUCUUAUGGCUUGAAAGAUGGGGAUGUUGUGAUUUUACGACAGAAGGAGAAUGCAGACCCUCGACCUCCAGUACAGUUCCCAAACUUACCCCGAAUAGACUUCAGUAGUAUAGCUGUGCCUGGCACAUCGAGCUCCCAGCAGCAGCGCCAGCCACCAGGCGCACAGCAGUCCCACCCAUCUCCUGGAGAAAUCGCUGCUUCUCCUCAGGGCCUGGACAAUCCAGCCUUGCUCCGAGACAUGUUGCUGGCCAACCCCCACGAGCUGUCCUUGCUGAAGGAACGCAAUCCACCCCUGGCAGAAGCUCUGCUCAGUGGAGAUCUUGAGAAAUUUUCCAGGGUCCUGGUGGAACAGCAGCAGGAUCGAGCCCGGAGAGAGCAAGAAAGGAUUCGUCUUUUUUCUGCUGACCCUUUUGAUCUUGAAGCUCAGGCAAAGAUAGAAGAAGACAUAAGGCAACAGAACAUUGAGGAAAAUAUGACAAUAGCUAUGGAAGAGGCUCCGGAAAGUUUUGGCCAAGUAGUGAUGCUUUAUAUUAACUGCAAAGUGAACGGACAUCCCGUGAAAGCCUUUGUUGACUCAGGUGCACAGAUGACUAUUAUGAGCCAAGCUUGUGCAGAAAGGUGUAAUAUAAUGAGGCUGGUAGACCGUCGGUGGGCAGGGAUUGCCAAAGGAGUGGGCACCCAGAAGAUUAUUGGAAGAGUACAUCUAGCUCAGGUUCAAAUUGAAGGAGAUUUCCUGGCAUGUUCCUUCUCUAUACUUGAGGAACAACCCAUGGACAUGCUUCUGGGACUGGACAUGCUUAAACGGCAUCAGUGUUCCAUUGACCUCAAAAAAAAUGUACUCGUGAUCGGCACCACGGGCUCACAGACCACCUUCCUCCCUGAAGGAGAACUACCAGAGUGUGCCAGGUUGGCAUAUGGUGCCGGGCGAGAAGAGAUGCGGCCAGAAGAUAUCGCAGACCAAGAAUUAGCAGAAGCCCUUCAAAAAUCUGUAGAGGAUGCAGAGAAAAGUGGUAAAGAAACUACCUCACUGGGAAUGUCAUCAUUACCAAUUUCAGAUGGAUGUAACCAUCCAGCCCAUCCUUCAGGACAAAGUCCUGAGAUUGGUAAUCCUACGAGUCUUACUCGCUCUGUCUCUGCUUCAGUCUGCCCUAUCAAGCCCAGUGACCCAGGUAGCAUUCAACCUAAAGCUGUCAAGGCUUCGAAGGCUUCAGCUGAAUUCCAGAUAACCUCUGAAAGGAAAGAACAUUUUCCUCUACGGGAUCUUUCGGAUUGUGCUUCUUCAGCAGACAGUGCUCAAGCACACCAGAGUCCAGCUAUGCCUUUGCAGAAUUCAUCAGAAGAAGCAGUUGUUGCAGACAAUCUAAAGAAAAUUCCUGCUGAAAAAAGCACCCAGGACCCCAAAUUUCAUCUCCAGACAAGAUGGGAAGCUAGUUUAUCCAUCACAACUACUAGGUUGCACGAGUCACAGAUGUUUCCAGGUGAAAAUGGUGAGCAUCCAGAGUAUCAGAAUCUGAUUCAAGUUAAUGGACUGCAGCAGUGCGAAGAACCAAGGAAUGAACAGCAUGACGUUGCACAACAGAAUGUUCCACAUGACCGAGGACAUCUGUUUAACACAGGGGACCUUGAACUUCUUGGAGAAAGUCAACAGAACCAACAAAAAAUUGUUGAUUUAGAAGCUGAGAUGAAAGGAGACAGGCUACAGCAGAAUGUGGACCUUCCAGGUAUAGAGAAAAAUAAUCCACCUUCAGGAUGCUUGGGCUGCUCAAAUUCAGAAACACUUAUGGAAGUAGAUAUAGUUGAACAAUCCCUAGUUGAUGGGCUUAAGUCAGCAGAUAGUCAGAAUGCCAAGGUUAACACUGGUGCAACUGAACUCACCUUGGAUAAUCCGUUGAUGGAAAUAGAAGCAUCAAAAUGUGACCCUUCAUCUGAAAGUUUAAGUAAUUCCAUUUUCACUCAGGAUUUACAGCUCCCAGACAGUAAUGUUGAAAUGUCUGGAACAAAUAAAAAAUAUGGCAAUUGCUCCCCCUCUUUAAGCAUCUGUGGCAAUUGCCAGCCAUCUGUGGAGUCAACAGAGGAAUCUUGUUCAUCUAUAACAGCAGCCUUGAAGGAACUUCAUGAACUUUUGGUCAUUAGUAAUAAACCAGGUUCAGAAAAUACAUCUGAAGAAGUUCUCUGUCAAUCAGAAACAGUAGCUGAGGGCCAAACAGGUAUUAAAAGCCUUUCUGAAAGAUGGAUCCAAAAUGAGCAUCUUACACCUAUUCAGAAUGAACAGUGUCCACAAGUCUCCCUUCAUCAAGCCGUACAUGUAUCAGUGAAAACAGAAAAAUUAACAGGUACUUCACAUGGUGCUGAAAUAGAAGAUAUAGAAAAUAUUAACUAUAGGGGCACUGGUGAUGGCAUGUCAACUGAUAAAGAAAAUGUCCCCAAGUCUAGGGAGUCAAUAAAUGAGAGCGGUUCUGUCACUGCAACCACAGCUAAAAUGUCUGAUCAGCUACAUUGCACCUUAGGUGCAGAAAUUUCGCCCAGACUUUUAGCAGGUGAGGAAGAUGCACUCAAUCAGACUUCUGAGCAAACUAAGUCCUUGCCAUCCAGUUUCAUAUUGGUUAAAGACUUGAGUCAGGGCAUACAGAAUCCAAUGACAGACAGACCUGUAACCAGAGAAAAUGUCUGUCCUGAAGCGGCAAGGCCAUUCCUUGAAUUUGAACCACCUAUCAGCCAUCCAUCAUCAAAUCCCUCCAUUCUUCCACCAUUAAUUUUUCCUGCUGCAGACAUUGACCGGAUUCUCCGUGCAGGCUUUACUUUGCAGGAAGCUCUUGGGGCUUUGCAUCGAGUUGGUGGAAAUGCAGACCUUGCUCUUCUUGUUUUGUUAGCAAAGAACAUUGUAGUUCCUACAUAACCAUGGAAAGGUGGGCUAGACCAUACUCCAUUCCCUUAAGAAAAGCUGUAGACAUACACGUGCACAUACACACACACACACACACACACACACACACACACACGGUAUAUGUAGAAACCUGCAAGCAGAAUGUUGAGCCAGAUUUUUUUUUAAGAUUUUUUUCAGCCAAAGUAAUUUGUGAUCUCUUGUCAGAUAAAUUUAUCUAUUCUAAUUGUUAAAAUUUGGGCCUUUUUAAAUGUAUUGGCAGUAUGUGCAUACAAAAGCUUUUUAUUCUCAUUAAGAUGAUGAUUCUGGAAUAAAAUUGAUAGUUUUGUGUAUGGCAUACCAUUUUAGAAUAAGAGUGAAAAAUCCCACCACCCAUGCAGCUAAAAGUGGAUCAACUUAACACUGGCUGUGUGUCUAUGCUAUAGGCAAGGUAUGGCUUGUUGACUCAGUUGUCAAGUUACAAACUUCUGACCACAUUAAUUUGGUGUUUGGAAUUAUACUCAGUGCCCUAUGUAUUAUGACUCGUCGAUUAUAACAGGAAAUUGAAGAAUAAUUGAAUAAUAUC